UAUGACCUAGAACGUUCUUGAUAAACCGUAGAACCCCAAUUCCAUCCCUUUUCCAACCCGCCUUCCUGCGACGACGAAGCAGCAGAGAUUCAUUCGGAGAGACGAAGAAAUGGCAAGGCGUUUGAUUCCGACUUUCAACCGUGUAUUGGUUGAGAAGAUUCUUCCGCCGUCGAAGACGAACUCCGGCAUUCUCCUGCCGGAAAAGUCACCGCAGCUGAAUUCAGGGAAGGUGAUAGCAGUGGGACCUGGGGAGAGGGGCGGAGAUGGAAAGUUGAUUCCGGUUUCGGUCAAGGAAGGAGACACCGUUCUAUUGCCUGAAUUCGGCGGAACUCAAGUCAAGCUCGGCGACAAAGAGCUCCAUCUGUAUAGGGAUGAAGAUAUAUUGGGUACGCUUCACGAUUGAUCCUCCCUGCCGGACAAAAAGCUUUCAUCUUUUGCGUUCUGAGCUUUCUUCGAUUGUCGGUUUCAAAUGUCUUUGCUAGUUGUACGACCGCUUUCCUAAUAUUUCCAACCCCGAAGCUGUUGGGGUUGGGGAUGAAUAAGGACUCAUUUCUUUGAUCAAAGUGAAUUUGUUUCGAAGAUGAUUGGCGUUUCCGUACAAAUAUAAUGCUCUCUUCAUUUUGUAUUAA